AUGUAUCGCCAGAUUCUUAUUGACCCGCGAGAUCUCGACUACCAAAGAAUAUUGUGGCGGGACUCGCCCCUCCUACCAGUAGAAGAGUAUCAACUCCUCACGGUCACAUAUGGGACCGCUCCAGCUCCGUAUUUGGCUCUUCGCGUCUUGCAACAAUUAGCCGAGGAUGAGGGCUCGCCCUAUCCCGAGGCGGUUUCCGCUCUUCGCGAACAAGCCUAUAUCGAUGACUUCCUCUUCGGAGGCGAUAGCCUCGAGUCCGCUCGCCAAUUGCGAAACCAAACCGUUGAACUAUUAGGAAAAGGCGGCUUCUCGUUAAGAAAAUGGGCUAGCAAUAGCUCUGCGCUCCUGUCCGACAUCAACCCUCAAAACCACGGACUCGCGAUGAGUAAAUCAUUAAAAGCCGACGAAAUCAUAUCCGUGCUCGGCAUUACAUGGAAUCCAGCAUUAGACCAGUUUCACUUUAAAUUAGCAGUACCCACCGAAUUGCCUAAGACAAAACGAACAAUUCUCUCUACCAUAGCAAAGCUCUUCGAUCCCUUAGGUUGGAUCGCGCCAGUCAUCAUUGUAGCAAAAAUAUACCUUCAGACUUUGUGGUCCAGUCAAUGUGAUUGGGACGACGUUCUUCCAAGUUCCCUUCUCUCGAAGUGGCAUAAUUUUUACGAUCAACUGCCUGAUUUGGAACAUAUUUCCAUUCCACGAAAAAUUUCUCCGCAAAUCAUUAAAACUCAAAGCCUGCAUGGGUUUUCUGAUGCGUCAACGAAAGCGUAUGCGGCUGCUGUUUACUCGCGAAGUGUUUUGUGUGACGGCACCGUUAGCAUAUCACUCAUCCUUGCCAAAACUCGCGUAGCUCCACUCAAAACGAUCAGCGUGCCCGGAUUAGAAUUAUGCGCCGCGCUGCUUCUGGCUCGCCUCUUAAAGUUCGUUCGAAACGCGUUAAAUCAGGAAACGAUCGAAUCCCACUGUUGGACCGACUCCAGUGUCACAUUAGAGUGGGUCAAUCAACCACCGACUCGAUGGAAAACCUUUGUCGCAAACCGCGUAGCACUUAUUCACGAACUUAGUCCUAACGCACAGUGGCAUCACGUAUCAACCCACGAAAAUCCCGCCGACUGCGUGUCUCGCGGGAUGUCUAUUAAACAAUUAAAGGAUUACCAAUUAUGA